UGACCGGUAUAGAGAGUUGGUAAUUCAGAACAGAAAAUGGCUGCCUUCAGGGUUGUCAUGCGUUCUUGGCAAUUACAACAAAAGCAACCAAGUAUUUUACAGCUAUUCAAGUUAGAACUGCACAGUAACAAGAAGUAUAUGUCAUAUUGCUGCUAUAAUAAAACACUUUUAAGACUUUCUGUGUGCUCAAAAUCAUACAAUAAUGCCCCAUUUUACAUUCUGACUAAACGACUUUUGAGUUCAGACAACAAUCAAAGUCAAAACAAACCGCCGAUUUUACAAACGUUGAAUUUGAAUCUAAAAGAAUUAACCCCUGAUAAAGCACAGCCAGAGAAUGAAAAAAAGGAAAGUGGUGCAGAUGACAAUGCAGAUAAGAAGAAAGAAUCUUGGUGGCGAGGAAAAAAUUCAUGGCGCCUGGGAUUAAUUCUACUCAGCACUGCAAUGGUUUCUUGGGGUGUAGGUUUGAUAUCAAUAUGGGGGGCACCUCAAGAAGAUCCAGAUGGGAAAGAGAUUCAGGAUGAGUUUAGUGAAAUGCCUACUGUCAUUGCCUAUUUAAGAAGAACUUGGAAAGAAAUGAAUAUAUUUAAACAGAAAAUUCAAGAUCCCUCAAGAGAUAAACUUCUUCCUGACCCUUUGAAGUAUCCUUACAUGCAACCUCCAUACACACUAGUCCUAGAAUUGACAGGUGUCUUGAUACACCCUGACUGGACAUAUGGAACAGGUUGGCGUUUCAAGAAAAGACCUGGCAUUGACUAUUUCUUGCAACAAGUUGGACCUCCAUUGUUUGAAGUUGUGAUUUACUCCUCUGAAGCUGGAAUGACUGCCGACCCCUUGGUAAAUCAUCUGGACCCUCAAGGAUAUAUUAUGUAUAGAUUGUACAGAGAUGCCACUAGAUACAUGGAUAGACAUCAUGUUAAGGACUUGUCUUGUUUGAACCGUGAUUUGUCCAAGGUCAUCAUGUUAGACUGCAAUCCUGACUCUGUCAAGUUACAAAGACAAAAUGCUUUUAUCUUAAAGAAAUGGCAAGGGGAGGACAAUGACCUGACUCUAAUAGAACUUGCACAUUUCCUUAAGACUAUUGCCGCUAGUGGAGUGGAUGACAUUCGACCUGUACUUGAAUACUAUAACAAAUUUGAUGACCCUCUAGCUGCCUUUAGAGAAAACCAAAAGAAAUUGCAGGAAGAAGAGGAAGCCAGAGCCAACCAAAAGAAAUUAGAUUCCACGAAAAAAAGUUGGCUGUCAGGACUGACUAGCAAACGAUAACAUUUCCAAGAACACGACAGAAAAUGUUUAUUCAAGAAUAAGUUUAUACAUAUGACAAUAUCUCAACAGCAUUGUUUGCCAUUUGCUGGUUAUUAAAACAAACUAUUUAUUGAACAGUUUGAAGACUCUACAGGAAGAAUAUAGUCUGAGGAAGUUAAAGUAGUUAAAUAUUAAAGUCUGGCAUAAUUUUAGAACUGCCUAUCAUACUUUACUAUGUUAUUUGAAUUGAACUAAUGUAAGGGAGGCGACUAAUUUUUUCUAUGGGGUCUUCAUUUGUUAGCUUGUCUCCUAGUUGACUGUAGAAUGACAGUGUAUGGUGUGUUGUUGCUAAUUCAAUGAACUGCAUGGAGAUAGUGAAAUGGGUUACAGAGUUACUGGACUGGAUAGUCUAAAACAGACUGCAGUUGUGAGAUGACAAAUAAAUGAUGUAGUCCUUUUUUUUUUUUCUUGAUCACUUGCACUUAUAAAUUAUUGAAAAAAAAUGUGUACUUAGAUUAUGUUUGAAAAAUGUGUACAUCUAACCAUAUCAAUUUAGUUUUUUUUUUAGUACCGGUAACAAAUAUAGUUGUUUUUUUUUGUUUUUUAAGUAAUUAUUUCAAAAAAAAAGUCUGAAUAUUAUGUACUUGUAUAUUUAAAAUCAAUAUUAGCAUUACAUUUACCAGCUUAAGACUUUUGAGUUGUGGGAAUGCUGUAUCAUAGACUUUAUGUAUUGAUGUUUGAUCAAAUUGUGUUAUGGAUGCUUUUGUUUGUUGAAACUGUUAGGGGCUGUGUUUUGAGUGAGUCUGACAAUGCUAUGAGCAGUGUAUAAAGCCAAGACUUGCUUGGUAUCAAAGUGUUGCUAGGGGCCCAGGUCAAGAUUAUUGAAUGUCAGUUGGAAAGUGUAGAGACAAUGUGUCUGUCAUAUUAGUGCAAGGGUGACCUGGCAUCUGUGUUUAAAACUGAUAGAUUUGUUUAGUUUGAGAUUUUGUCUUUUCUGUGACACAUUUAUUACACUAAUAAAACAAUUUUUUCAGUGCAA